AUGGUUUCUUUCUUUUCUCUCUUCGCAGGGUUGAGCCUUGUGGCCGGAGCUCUGUCGGCUCCGGUUGGAGUGCUGAAAUCUCCGAGAUCCGCAACUCCAAGCAGCACCGCCACUCAAGAGAAAUCCUACCACUAUUGGUGGACUGAUAGUGGACGGGAUGUCAACUUCACUAGUUUUGAUGGAGGCUCAUACUCGAUUGAGUGGUCAAACGGAGCCAACUUUAUUGGUGGCAAGGGAUGGAACCCCGGCGGUCGCAAGAAUGUGAAAUACGCGGGCACUUACAGCCCCAACGGCAAUAGUUAUCUUGCCCUUUAUGGAUGGACUACCUCGCCCCUCGUUGAGUACUACGUGGUGGAAUCUUUUGGCGACAAUGAUCCCUCUACCGACAAGGAAAAGAAGGGCGAAGUUACCAGCGAUAACGGCACAUACGACAUCUAUGUCAGUAGCCGGAAAAAUGUGUCGUCUUCGGAGCAGACCGUCAAGCAGUACUGGUCUGUCCGACGUGAAAAGCACGUCAAUGGAACAAUCACCACGGGAAACCAUUUCGAUGCUUGGGCUCGUGCCGGCCUGGAGCUUGGCUCGUUUGAGUACAUGAUUAUGGCCACCGAGGGACACCUCAGCAGCGGCUCUGCGUCGAUUACAGUCGGGGUUGAUGAAUCUCCCUCUUCUGAUGGUGGCGAUAGCGAUCCGGCUCAGGUUCGGGCCAAGGUUCGGGUUCUGGUCAAGGUUCGGGCUCUGGUCAAGGAUCAGGAUCAGGAUCAGGGUCUGGGUAUGGUGAAGGCUCAGGAUCUGGUUCCGGUGAAGGUUCUGGUUCCGGAACUGGUUCCGGCUCUGGACAAGGUUCCGGCUCUGGACAAGGUUCCGGCUCUGGACAAGGUUCCGGCUCUGGUUCAGGAUCUGGCUCUGGCUCUGGCUCUGGCUCUGGCUCUGGCUCUGGCUCUGGCUCUGGCUCUGGCUCUGGCUCUGGCUCUGGCUCUGGCUCCGGCUCCGGCUCCGGCUCCGGCUCAGGUGAAGGAUCUGGAUCUGGUGAAGACUCUGGCUCAGGAUCUGACGGCUCUGGAUCAGGUCCUGAGUGUGGCUCAGGCUCUGACUGUGACUCGGGAUCUGGCCCAGUCCCAGUCCCAGAUUCUGGUGAAGGUGAAGGUGAAGGCUCCUCCCCAGUCCCAGUCCCAGACACAGGCUCUGGUGAGGGAUCUGAUUCCGGCGCAGGCUCUGGCGAAGGCUCGGGCUCCGGUGAAGGAUCUAACUCAGGUCCUACCCCCGGCUUGGGAUCAGAUACUGAGUGCGGGUCGGGCUCAGAUUGUGAUUCAGGAUCUGUUCCAAUCCCAGUUCCAGACACUGGCUCUGGCUCUGGUGAAGGGUCAGGAUCUGGCGAGGGCUCAGUACCUGAUUCUGGCUCGAGCCCAACCCCGGGCUCGGGAUCAGAUACUGAAUGUGGCUCGGGCCCGGAUUGUAACUCAGGCUCUGGAGCAGGCUCCGGUGAAGGUUCUGGUGAAGUUCCUGCCCCAGGCUCAGGUUCUACCCCGGGAUCGGGAUCAGACACUGAGUGCGGCUCGGGAUCUGAUUGCAACUCAGGCUCAGGUGAAAUACCCGGUUCUGGUUCAGGCUCUGGGGAGGGUUCUGGAGAAGGCUCUGGAGCAGGCUCUGGUGGGGGGUCGGGCUCAGUCCCAGUCCCAGUCCCAGUCCCAGACACAGGAUCUGGCACGAGCCCUACUCCAGGAUCAGGAUCAGACACCGAAUGUGGUUCAGGGUCGGACUGCAACUCAGGCUCUGGGGGAGGAUCCGGAACAGGAUCUGGUGAAGGUUCUGGAGCAGGCGCUGGUGGAGGCUUUGGUUCAGUCCCAGUCCCAGACUUUGGAGUAG